CCUCUGCCUUUUUUGUCUAUUUUCAACAUCGAUAUCGCUACAAAAGCUACUAUUGUAUUUUAAUUUAUUUGUAGUAUUUUAUUUAUUGUCUUAAAAUUACAAAACCAUGGAUGGAAGCGGACAACUGCUCCCUGGCCCGCUAGGAGAAAAGAGACAUCAUCAUGGGCAGGGUCAAUCGCAGCCUUGCCAAAGCGCUAGCGUAAAGCGAUACUUGGGUAGUUUGCUCACGACUGUAUCCAUUGGCGCGGUGACGGUCUGGGCCAUUUUUUCGUUCUGGCCGCUGCUCACUGGAAAAUUUAGCCGCGGCGACGGCAGCGGUGAAUACAGCCAGUCGUCGGUGUCAAUUUCACCAGAACAGCAGCAUGCACAUGUGCUUCCCACUGCGUUGACAAAAGGCGAAAAAGUUCUUGUAGAGCUGUUUGUCAUGUCUCGCUGCCCGGACGCAGUCAAGGUUGAGGAUGUGUUUUCGCAGGUGAUUCCUGCAGUGUAUCCCAUCAUUGAUGUGCAGCUCAACUUUAUUGCAGUGUUGGACCCCAACGCAACGUACGGCGCGCAGUGCAAACAUGGAGACGAGGAGUGUUUGGGGAAUAUCGAAGAACUGUGCGCACUACACCACCGCCCCGAUCUGAUGUCAUUUUGGCGCUUUCUGAUGUGUAUGAACAGCCGGUUCGAGGGCAUCGGCAAGGACUCUGACUUGGCUCUCAAGUGUGCAAGCAGUGCAGGUUUGGAUACUGCAGCAUUCCUAGCGUGCACUGUGCAGCCAGAGGGACGUGCACUGUUCAAGCAGUCGGUUGAAAAUUCGCUGUUUGCCCGAGUGAACACUAGUGCCACUGUGUAUAUCAAUGGGAAGCUGCGGUGCGUCGAGGAUAAUGGCUGGCGCGAUUGCCAGGGCGGGCACAGACCUGGCGACUUUAUUCGCGACAUCUGUGCUGCGUACAAGAACUCUGGGCCGCGUCCCUCCAUCUGUGGCCAGUAUCCACCUACGACUCGCGCGCGCCUAUUUAUAUAAUUCAAAUUGUCAUUAAAAUGUUUUUUUUGUGUAAAAAAUACUAUGUGAAAUAAAUAUGUGCCCU